CGAGCGGCCCACCUCCCACACGUGGUUACGCCCUGCGCGCUUUGCAUCCCCAGAUCCUGCGGCCCCCAGGUCGGGGCCGCCCCGCCUGCUUUGGAAGCCCUGGAGGGGGCAUCCUACAUAUACAGGAGGAAGCAAGUCAGAUAGCCUCCGCGGAGGAGGGGCACAUCUCAUUAGAAACUUGAAAGGGGGAGGGAAGAGGCGCGGGAAAGGCAUGCCAACCCAGAGGACCUGUGCAUGAGGAAGCAAGGCCGGGGGUGCGGGGUAGAUGUGGAGAAAGAAGUCUGCAGGGCCCCCAGGCUUACCUUCCACGCGCCUCCCUGCACACGGUGUGCACAGACGAGCAAAGAAAGCGGACACUGGCCCGGGCUCAGGCCCGCCCAGGCCUUCUCUCCCUGGGGCCGGCUCUGUCGGGAUUCCCCCUGGGACUCAAGGGCCACGGUCUGCCUCUCUGCAGCUUUUCCUGGAUGACUCCAAAAUGAAGAACUUCAUCACCUGCUUCAAAGACCCGCAGUUCCUGGUCAUCUUCUUCUCCCGCCUGAGACCCAACCGCAGCGGGCGCUACGAGGCCUCCUUCCCCUUCCUCUCGCCCUGCGGCAGAGAGCGCAACUACCUACGCUGCGAGGACCGUCCCGUGGUCUUCACGCACCUGCUGGCCGCUGGCUCCGAGCCCCCGCGCCUCUCCUACUGCGGCGGCGGCGAGGCCCUGGCCGUGCCCUUCGAGCCGGCGCGCCUACUGCCCCUGUCCUCCAAUGGGCGUCUCUACCACCCGGCGCCGGAGCGCGCAGGUGGCGUGGGCCUGGUGCGAUCGGCUCUGGCCUUCGAGCUCAGCGCCUGCUUCGAGUACGCGCCCGGCGCGCCCGAGCUGCCCUCGCACGUGCACUGGCAGGGCAGCCGUUUCGCCCUCACCAUGGACCUGGCCCCGCUGCUGCUCGCCACCCCGCCGCCCUGAGCGGCGGGCUCGCAGCCGCUGGCGCCCCCAGCCCCGCUGCGCCCCCCGGGCUGCGUCGCUGCGCACGCGCCACCCGGAGAGAGCGCUGUCCCAGUGCGCGUGCGCGGCGGAGG